AUGGAUCCUCAGAAGUCUAAUGCGGAGUCCCUUCCCGGAUCCGAUGAUGACUCGGAUAGUGUGGAAAGUUAUAAUGCAGCGAACAGCGCCAUCGCUUCAGGGAUCGGAACCGAACAGGGCUACGAUGCCCUUGUCGGUUCAACUCUUGACUCGAUCCUCGAGCAUUCGGUGUACAGUAAGAUCCCGCAGUUCUUAAACGGCAGGUCCAACUUUUCCUUCGAUGAGAAGGACAAAACAGACGCAAGAGAUGCUACGCAAAAGCGAUCGGAACGAUCAGCUUGCAGUAGCCCGAAGAAGGAAGUCAUAGAUUCCGACUCGUUACCUUGGAUCUUUGUCGAGCCUCAGGAGACAGUGCUCAACACUAGUGAUAUCGUGCAGGAUGACAUUUCCAAGAGCGAUGCCCUGGAAAACGAACCCGAGGAAGCGUCACAAGAAAAGGCUUCGAGCCAAAAAGAUAUCACUAUGAAAGAUUUCUAUGAACUGCAGGGGAAGAAACUGGCCGACGAAUUGAUUGAAGAAGAAAUAGAGGUCAGCAUCAUUCCACAAAAAGAAAACAUCAUUGAAAAUUCUUCUAUUAAUGACAAAAUGUACAAUGAAUUGUUUGUUGAAAAACCAACGCUAACAAAAAUACAAGAUGAAAAACAACCCGGAUUGAGUAUGCCUAGCCUUACCGACUCUGAUGAUGAAAUUCCUGUUCUAUCUCCGCAGAAUAUUGAAGUUAUUUCUAACAAAGAGUCCAUGCCUAUUUUAACGAGGAACGAAGAUGAUAUUCCACGUAGAAAGGAAAGUAAAAAAUCGAGAAAUGCGCCGAGUGAAUACAAAAUGAAAAUUGAUGACAUUGUAUAUGUUCCCACUAAGGCGCAAUUAAAGCAUUAUGACUGCAAGAAAAUUUUGCAAGACCAUAGUAUAGAGUCAAAGAAUUCAUUCAUUAACAAAAAAGAGAGGGUUAAAGAAAUACAGAGCCAAAAAGAAAUUACUGCCCAAAAUCAGAACGAAUUAUUUAACCAGCCUACACCCGGUGACAACAAGGUAGUAAAUAUUGACGAAUUGGCUAAAGUAGUUGAUGAAAUUUUAAUAAAACAGCCUCAAAUUUCAUACAUGUUGGAUGAAAAUGUCAGAAGUGAAAUCAACGAUUUUACACAAGAAUUUGUACUACCAUCAUCCAAAUCUUCAAAUUUGAAUGAAGAAAAGAACAGUGAAAUGGAGACAGUGCAUUCCAAAGCUGACGUCAAAGAAAUUUUAAUUGAAGAAAUGUACGAAGUAGAACAAGAUAUAAGCAUUGAAGAACUUCCUUAUCAUUACAACAUUGACAAAAUGCAAUCUGAUUCUACCGGUGAGGAAAGAGAUUCAACAGAAAACCCUGUUAUUAAUGAUAUUGAAGUCCCAUCAGUUGAUUUAUGCAACACGAAUACAGAAUAUGAAAAUGGUGAUCUGGUUAUUGAACCUUCUUUAAAUAACGAAAUUGCAAUACAAGCUGAAUUUUGUAAACAGAAAAUACAAGAAGUAUUAUUUAAUCAAGAAGAUACUUUUACUAAAUCCUCAGCUGUCAAAGAGGUUGAAAUUCAAGAAAGCAAAGAAUGUAAAGGAAGUUCUAUGCAAGACAAUCUUAACAAAGCUGCAAUUCAAGAAGAAAAUUUAAGUAUGAAGAAACUUGUAUAUAAUUUGUGUGAAAAUGAACAUUCAGUAAGUUCAAGCUAUGAAAAUACUGAAAAUGAAGUGAAACAAUUGAAUCAACGCCAAACAGAAAUUUCCAGUGCAGAAGAAUCUCUUAUGAAAGAAAAUAUAAUAAAAGAUUCAGGCAUUAUUGAGAUAGAAGUUGAAGCAGAAGAACACAAAGAUAAUUCAGCAGAAGAGAUUUUAUGCAAAAGUUUCACAGAAACUUCAAUCGUCGAUCGAUUUCAUCCAGAAAUAGACACAACAGAAGUGGAUAAGGUAAAAGAUGUAUUUUUUGAGAAAGUGAAUUUAACAGAAGCCUUUUACGUCAAUGAAAUUGAAAUUGAAGGAGAAAAUGUAUGCAAAAGUAAAGAGGAAGCUUUAAUAACUGAAAAGGAAAAUUCAACAGAAACUGCUUUUGAUGAAGUUGAAGGUGAAGAAUUGCAUGGCAAUAAAAUGGAUGUUGAAGUUUCUGAAAAAGAUAAUUCAGCAAAAGUUGAAGCGGAAGAAUUAUGUAAAAGUAAAAUGGAUAUCGAUAGCACGGAAGUUGAUGCUUCUGAGAAGGAAUCUCCAACAGAAAUUGUAGUUGAAGCAGAAAAAUUAUAUAAAAAUAAAAUAGAACUCAAUAGCAUAGAAGAUGAAGUGUCUAAAAAAGAAAAUUCAACAAAAACUUCUUUUGAUGACGUUGAAGGUGAACAAUUGAAUGAAAAUAAAAUGGAAGUUGAAGAUUCUGAAAAAGAGAAUUCGGCAAAAGUUGAAACAGAAGAAUUAUGUAAAAAUAAAAUGGAUAUCAUUAGCAGGGAAGUUGUUGUUUCUGAGAAGGAAACUUCAACAGAAUCUGCAGUUAAAGCCGAAGAAUUAUAUAAAAAUAAAAUAGAACUCAAUAGCAUAGAUGUUGAAGUAUCUAAAGAGGAAAAUACUACAGAAACUUCUUUUGAUGAAGUUGAAGAUAAAGAAUUGCAUGAAAAUAAAAUGGAAGUUGAAGUUUCUGAGAAAGAGAAUUCGGCAAAAAUUGAAGCAGAAGAAUUAUGUAAAAAUAAAACAGAUAUCGAUAGUGCGAAAGUUAAUAUUUCCCAGAAGGAAACUUCAACUGAAAUUGUAGUUGAAGCAGAAGAAUUAUAUAAAAAUAAAAAAGAACUCAAUUACAUAGAAGUUGAAGUGUCUAAAAAGGAAAAUUCAACAGAAACUUCUUUUGAUGAUGUUGAAGGUGAAAAAUUUCAUGAAAAUAAAAGAGAAGUUGACAAAAUGGAAGUUUUUGAGAAAGAGAAUUCAGCAAAAGUUGAAGCAGAAGAAUUCUGUAUAAAUAACGCAGACAUCGUUAGCAUGGAAGUUGUUUCUGAGAAGGAAACAUCAACAGAAAUUGCAGUUGAAGCAGGAGAAUUGUGUAAAAAUAAAAUAGAACUGGACAACAAAGAAGUUGAAGUGUCUAAAAUGAAAAAUUCAACAGAAGCUCCUUUUGUUAAUAAAAUUGAAGAACAAGGAGAAGAAUUGUGUGAAAAUAAAACUGAAAUCAACAACAUGGAAACUGCAGUUUCUGAGAAGGAAAAUUCAAUAAAAUUUUCUUUUGAUGUUGAUACCGAAGUUAAGGUGCAACAAUUAUGUAACGAUAAAAUAGAUAUUGGUACAAUAGAAUUUGAAGUUUCUAAGAAGAAACAUUCUACAGAAAUUGAAGAUGAAAAAUUACAUAAACAUAAAAUGGAAAUAGAUAACAUGGAAGUUAAAAUUUCUAAAAAUGAAAAUUCAACUGAAGCUCCUUUUGUGAAAGAAACUAAGCUUGAAGCAGAAGAAAUAAGUAAAACCAAAACAACUGAUAAAGUGCAAGAUCAUUUAUUACAUAAAGAAAAUCCAACAGAAGCUCUUUUUAUCAAUGAAACUGAAGUUGAAACAGAAGAAAUAAAGAAAAACAAAAGAAGCGAUGAACAGAAAGAUCUAUUUCAUAAUAAAAAUUCAAUAGAAUCUACUGUAAUUAAUAAGAUAGAAGUUCAAGCAGAGUUGCCUAAAGCAGAAACAGGUUUUGAUAAAGAGAAAGAAGCGUUUAUUGAUCAUCCAUUCAAAGAUAAUUCAUUAGAAGCCAUUGUCAAUAAGAUCAGUGCUCUGACAGUACAUUUGUGUAAAAACUACGAAAAAGUCAGAAAUGAAUUUGCUGAAAAAGAAUAUUCAGUAGAUGGACAUGUCAACAAAACAGAAACCCAGACGGAAGAAGUGUGUGCAAACAAAAUGCAAAAAGGGACUUACUCUGGAAUUAUUAAUGAGAUUGAUGUGCAAGAAGAAGAAAUGGUUGAUGGAAAAGAAGAAAACACAUUUAUAGGAGGGCAGUUCAAUAUUGAAAAUUCUACAGAAGCCACAGUUGAUAUUGGAGCACAAGAUGAAAGAAUGUACAAGACCAAAAUUGAGCCUGCUAAAAUAAACGAUGCAUUAUUUAACAAAACAAAUAAUCUCAGGAUUGAUAUAAAAAAUUUGAGUGGAUCUUCUGAUGGCAAAGUAAUCGUACAAUCAGAUCAUAUGUACAAAAGGAGUAGUAAAAAAGACACUUCUCUUGAAAGAAACUUAAAAUUUGACAAAGAAACUAUGAAAGUCUCGAUAAUUAAAAUUGAAGAAUUAUCAAGAGAAAUUAAUAAAAACCUACACGGAUUAUCUAAAACCAAAGAUUUAAUUAUUGGUAAUAAACGAAAUGAAUCAGAAAUGAGAAGUAGUGAAAGAAAUAAUGUAAAAGAGUCUAAGGCAAUGGACCAAAAUAUUUUAUUAGAUGUUGAUGCUCAUUUUGGUAAUUUACCAUGUGCAAAAGCAGUCAAAGACUUUCAAGAUGUUUGUUUGACUAAAGUUACAAACAAAAGAUCAAUAGAUACAGCAUUGCCGUUCCAGAUUCAAAAGGGUUCUGACAAUUCGACAAAACAGGAAGGUUUCCUUGCCUCAUCUGAAGAAGAAAAUUGCAAUGAUAAGACUAAAAACAUAGAUUCUCAAGAUAUAAAAAAUAAGAGUGAUUCUUUAAAGCAACGUUUUCUUGAAAAUCAAAAACAACAUUUUCCACUAUUCACGUGCAAAGAUCAACAUAGUAUAGUCCCUGACAAUGUUUUGAAAUUAAAUUUUUUGAACACUAAUAAAGAAAACAAUUCGGUCACAGCUAAACUGGAAUAUAUGAAUAAAGCUUCUGCGUCAAGUCAAAAUUUAACAGAUCCAAAACAAAUAAUAUAUGGAAAAAAAGGAAGCAUGACAUUUGAUCUUUCUCAGAGUGAUGGAUUUGUAUUUUGUUGCUCAUUGCUACAGCAGGUAUGCGAUUUACACAAUGAUGUUCUUUUCACGAAUUCCUUAAAUGACAAUGAAGUAACCCCAAUUGGUGAGAACAAAUGCACCAACUUAAUUAAAAUGUUAAAUAACAUUGAUCAUUCAAAAAGGAAUCAAAAAGCCGAAGACGAUAGUUUAACCGAUCUCUCGAACAACUUAGAAAGUAAACUCUCAAUCCAAGAUUUACUUCCCAAAGAUAUAGAAAUAAUACCGGUGAACCAGUUUAAUACACAAUUGCUGAAUAGUACAAGCAACAGGCCAUUUCAAGUUGCAAAACAUAAAAAAGAUUCAAUCCCAGUGAAGGAAAGCCCAUUGCAAUCAGAAGUUGAUGUUAUAAUGGCUUCUUUGAAGAAAAAACAGAGUUUGACCACUACCAAGUUAAAGAGUUGGGUAUCGCAAAAUCCCCUUACCGAUGCUAAAAUGCCAAAUCUAAACAAAGAAGUGGGUCGAAAUAAAUUCGAAGAAAGAGAAGUCAGCUUGUCCAAAAGUAAGUUGAACCACAGAGAGAUAAUUGAUACGUUUAAUGAAGAAGAAAUAAUCCCCCUUGAAAACUGUGUCACCAUUCUCAAGGAAUGCAAUGACAACUGUGAGAAACAAUUUCCAGAUGGUACUGGUAAAUGUGUACCGAUUGCUAAGAUGCACAAUGCAAUCGUAGACAAGAACAACAAAAUCAGAACUGUUAAUAACAUUUAUAGCUGGAAUAGAAAUGUCAUAAGAGACUCGAACUCUGAAAUUAACUGGUGGAAUAAUCAUGUAAAGUUGAAGUCCAAUAGGAGAAAACAAAUUCCAGUACAGGAUGCAGUAUCUGUCGAGAGUUUUAAUUCUAUUGUUCAAGAGCCUAUUGAAAUGAUUCCUGUACUAUACAAAAAAGUUACAACGAAGCAAAGUGCCCGAAUGGACUUGUUGGCUAAAACACCUGACAAGAAAGUUGUAAAAAAAUCAAGCCCUGAAAAAAGUCAAGAGGAUAAAGUGAGAAACCUUGAGAAGAUUGCCAAAUUCAUAGAAAAUAGACAACAGAAGUAUGACCAAAAUGUCGAUUACUUCAAGCCUAAGAAUAACACAGGACCAAAAAAUAAAGUUAUGCAUACAGUUGAGGAAAUUCUAUCACUAAGUCCCAAAGAUAUUAAAAUAAAAAAGGAGAACCCAGAAUGUGCCGACAAGAAAAUUGAGCCUUUAAAUAAAAUUCAAAAUCAAGAGAAAUUCAUUUCUCCCAUUAAAAAAAGGUUUGAUGAUCUCAAUGAAAUGGAGUCUUCUUUCAAAAUAGAGACUUAUAAUACACAUGAAACUGAAGCUUCACAAGAAUCAGAUACAAAGAUUAUUGGAGAAGUUGUAAAUGAAAUAAUUAUCAAAGCUUCAGAUAUGGAGUGUAAGGAACAAAGCAUUCAGAUUAAAAAUGUCACAGAACUUUAUCAGAAGUCAAACGAAUAUAAUAAUGUCGGUGAAUUUGAAACAGUUAGAAUUGAUGAUCCCAUUGAGGCAGAAGAAGUGAUAGUUGUAACAGAAGAAGUUAUUGUUGAAACAGAAAACAAAAUUGAUGAAAGCACCGAAAAUGCACAAAUGAUGAAUGAACAAAUGAAUUAUUCCUUAAGUGAAAGUGAGGAACAAGAAAAAUACGAAGUACGGUGUGAUGCACCUGUGCAAUCUGACGCAAAUAUAAAUCGGUCUUUUAACAUCACAUCUUAUGAAACGGAUCUUCCAGGCAAAACAAACCAAAAUUUUCCCUCACCAAUCAAAACCCAAGAGAUAGAUCCACUAAAUUGUCAAAAACUAGUGUUAGAACAACACAAAGAUUAUGCUUUAGAGAAGAUUUCAGACGACAUUGAAACAAAUUAUACAAAAGCGUCUCCAGGUGGUCACUAUUCUACACAAAACCUGCUUAGUACUAACAUCCUGCCUGAGAAAUGUUUUCAGAACCUAGAACAGAAUGUUAUACAACCAAUUGUGCUUCCCAGCAAUGUUGUAGAACAUGAUUUCAAACAUGUAAAUGGUUUAAUAUGCCCAGAAGACAAUACUCAAUUGUCGUAUGUACUGCAUAAAAAGACAAAGAAGUUUUUACCGUACCCAACGAACCCACAGCAAACUCAGGACAUAAAUAUACCUACCAUUUUUACUUCUAGCGUCACUAUUGACUCACAGUUAACAAGUUCAAAAUGCAGAAGUGAAUCAAACUCAAAAGGUAAAAAAUCCAGAAUAAUGAAGAAAAAGGACUUUUCAAAUCUACGUAAGUCACCUCGCACGGGGAUACUACCUGUCUCAAAGGAGGGGAGUGUCGACACAUUAAGUAAGAAUAUUUCAUCCUCGUUAGACAAUGUUGAAAGUGAAAAAACGGACGGAAAAGUAGAUGAUGGUAGUUCUUCAGACUAUGAGAAUUAUCCCUUGAGCCAAAGACUCAAAGAAUUCAAAGAAAAUACAGAAAAGAUGAAACAAUUAAAAGUGAAUGAUACAAAAAUGCCGAGAAAGAUUUCGCAGUCUAAAAGUCAGAAAAAACCAGUUAAAAACUGUCUGUCGAAAUUGCUGAAAAAUGAAAGUAAAAGAGGUAGAAAGAAAUUUAGUAAUGCUGUAAAAAAAAAUCUUAUUGAAACCAAGGACGAUGUUGAACAAGUUCCAACAGAAAAGUGUUCAUCACCAGUUAAAAGUGCUACAAAAGAUAAUUCAACCUCUCGGGAGAAAGAACUGCAAAAAGUAAUUGACUCUUUAGUACAAUCUGAAGCAUUUUGUGAAAUAAAGCACAGGCCGAGAGCAAAUAAAGGAUUUGGAAAAAGUGAUAAAAAUAAGAAAUCAAAUGAUCCUGUCCAUCUUUUAGAAUCCAAGGACAAUUGUAGACAAAAUAGUAAACCUAGUUUUGUGAAAAAAAUAGGUAAUUUAAUAAAGAUGAAGGCAAAGUUAAAAGUAGGCCGAGCAGUUAAUUCUAAAAACAAUUCGUCUUUAAUAUUGAGUGAUAAUAUUGUACAUAAUGCACUGACAAAUGAAACUGUCUUUAAUAAACAGGAAAAGACGAGCACUAAUAAAAAGUACAAUCUGAAAAAAAUGUCUUCUCUUCCAGCUUCUGAAAUUGCUCAGAAUGCAUUAGACAAGCCUAUUUUUUCAUCUAAGAAACAAUUUGCUAGAAAAACAUCUCCAAGAACUAAUUCCACCAAAAAGCCACAAAACAAAAUCAUACCUAAAAAUGAGCCGAAAAAAAGAAAAGGCUUAGGUAAAUAUGCUAACCCAAUCAUAUUAAAAGACCAGGAACUAUCUGAUGAUUCUAAAUCGUCGCUUGUUGGAAGACCAGAGCAAAAACAAAAUACUAGAAAAGGCAGAAGCGAAGAAUCUGCUCAAGUUCUUCCACUAUCACCAACAAAGAAAAAACAAUAUGAAAAGGCUACCCAGGAAAUUACUGUUCCAAUUUUACAUAGCCCAUCUACAAAAUUAAAGAAAUUAAAUGAAAACAAAAACCUAAUGAAAAAAGAAAAAGAAACAAGGUUUGAAGAUUCAUUUAAAGCUGUAUCAAAAGAAAUUAAGAACAAUUUUUCAUCAAGAAAAUCAAACGCAAUUGAAAAUAAAAAGGUCAAAGAAGAAAUUCCAACAAUAGUGCUUUCUGAUUCCUCAGACGAGGAAAAAAAUUGUACAGCAAAUGAAAUUUCUGGAAAUGUUUUUUCUAAAAGUCCUAAUUCUGGCCGAGCCACAAGGAGUAGACAUUCUGGUUCAGGUGAAUCCCCAAGUGAAAAACCAUCAGUGGCACCUGUUCAAAUUCAACCUGCAAUCGAAAUAAAUGAAAACUGCGUAACUUUAACACCAUCGCCCAUUGUUACCAAACAGGUAAAUAAACCCAUUGGCUCACAGAAAAGGAAAUUGCUUAAGGGUAGGCGGCGUUCUGACUGUAAUAAAUUUGAUGCUGUGCUUGAUAUUAAUUUCCCUCCCAAAGAAAUAAAUACAGAUAAUGAUCCUUACAUUUUUACCGAUUCAGACGACCUGCUAGUUAAUGACAUUUCAUCAUCUAAGGGUUCUUUAAUGUCCAUCAGACAAUCAAAUCAACAAACUCAAAGAAAUUGUCUUAGAAAUUCAAAAUAUACAUUUGAAAUAGUGAAAAGUGUGGAAAAUAGGGUAGAAAUUAUUAACUUAACUCCAUUAACAUUGAAUGCCUUGAAAUCUCCAGAAAACAAUACAAGCGAUUCAAAUUUUCAAACGCCUAGAAGUUCAAGAGUUUCUGAGCGAAAAGUAAAUUUGCAGAAGGUGAAGCCUAAUUUAAUUGCCAGAUUAAACAUGUCAAGCAUUGACUCUGAUGAAUGUUCAGCUCCAUCAAUGGAAACAAGCCUUGAUUAUCACCAAGACAAGUCAAAAUUAUUUCAACAAAAAUUAGACAAUUCCAAUAAAUCUGAAGGAAAAACUCAUUUUCCAAGAAAAAACAAAUUUGACGCUGCCAUUAUGGAUUCUGACAAAAAUCCCAAACCUUCUGAAACGGCAAAAGUAAAAAGCAAUUAUAAAAAAAUCAUCCAUGAUUCAACAGAGUUCCAAACACAUAAAAAUCAUGAUGAUCACAAAACCGACAUUGAGGCCAUAAACAAAGAUGCCAAUCUUGAAAUAAACAAAACUGAAAAAACUCAGUUGAGAAAAAGUAAUCGUGGGGAAGCAACAAUUGUUCCUAAAUUUGAAAUUGCAACAGAUGGUACGCAAGCAAAUCAACAAGGAUCAACAUUGGAAGGAUUUUCUAAAGACUCUAACAGAAAAAAUCGAAAUAAUCAUUACCUCAGGAGUAAAACCUGUUUAAACAGUCUAGAAAUGCGUAACAAACAAGUCUAUGCAAAAAAUAAAUUAACUUCUUCCACAAAUGUUGCUCAUAACCAAAGGAGUGGCAAAAUUAAAAAACUACCAAAGAAAGAAAACAGUUUUGAUUUAAAAGAAGAAAAAUUAAGAAAAGAAAAAUCAUUUACUACAGUCUCGAACUCAGCAACUGAAAUCGUAUCCCAUGAAGCACAAGAUUCUUCGAUUUCAACGUGUCUUCAGGAAGACAAUAUGGAAACACAAAACCAUAGAGGUGUGUACAAAAACAACACGAAGAAGUCUGUUCUUUUAAAAAAAUCUAAGAACAAUCAAAACAAUUUAUUACAUGUAAAAGCCUAUCACGUGGAUCGUAAUAAUAUGAAUAAAUUAAGAAAAAACCGUAAGCUGUUCAAAUAUAACCCAGACAGUGACAAGCAUUCACCCCUUUAUUCUAAAGUUAAUACACAUUCUACUAAAGAAGUUACAGUUCAGAAAACUUUACAAAACUCAGAAGAAGAAAAGUCAAACAUUGAAGCUAAAAUAUCACCAAGCUCUGAGAAUUAUGCUGGACAGUCUGAAAAUAUAAGUGCACACUUGGAGGAAAAUGUUAAUUCCAACCUAACAUCUAAAACAGAAGAAUUUAAUGUUCAUGAUUGUGCAUUAAGUUUAGAAAACAACUGUCCAGCUCCAGACACUGACAAAACAAUUUCUACAUCUACAGAUGCAGACGUUUGCUAUGAUUCAUUGUUUUUAAUUGCUGAAGUUUCAACCCAAUUGAAAGCAUGUCUUGAAAUUGCCCAAAGUAACAAGUUUGAUACAUCAAAUAGUACAAUAGAAGGCUCUUCCUGCCAGAACACUUCUGAAAUUGAUAUAUUUCGAAAAUAUUCAUUGUUAACUCCUUUUGGCAAAAAACUUAUCGAAAACACUCCGAUCCUCAAUCCGCCAGAAAUUGUUCAACCCGUUGAAAGUGUGAAUUCAGAUUCAAAUUCAAUAAAUUCCGAAAUAGUUCAAAAUAGUACCAACUAUCUGGAAAUAAUAGAUCAAGGAAGAGAUAACAAACAAGAAGAAAUACAACAAAUUACACAAAAUAUUUAUUCAGAAGUGACAAACAUUACCGAAGGAGUUCAUUCUGGAUUGGAUGCAAGUAGUUCUAUGCAUGUCCAUGAAAACAUACACAACCCAUUAACCGAUGAUACAUCACAAAAUAUUGAAAAUCAAAAUACAGAAAUUAUGAAAAUUACAUCCGAUGAAAAAUGUGAAACCACUACAUUAGAGGAAGAAAAUACUCAAAUUAUUGAACACGUUGAAGUUAUCUCAUCAGAAGAGACUAAAAGUAUGGAAGUACUUAAAAACAUCGCUUCAUUCAAAACCACAGGGCCAGAAACAGUUCAAAAUUGUGAACACGCCUCUUUAAAAGACGAUGAAGUGAGCGCAGUUGAAACUCUUGAAAAAUCGGAAUGCACUCCUCCAGAAUUAACACAAAAUAUUCCACCAUCUGUUCACAUUGAUUGUCCAACGGAAACUAAUGACCAUUUUGGCAUAACUUCUUUGGACUUUGAAAAAGAAGAGGAGAUCGUGGUUCUUGAGAGAUCUGAAGAGCCUGAUGUGAGAACUUCAGAUGUAAUUCAGCAUGUUGACGUCCUAAAAAAUACCACAGAUGAAGAUACACGAACUACUGAAACUAAUUUAGUAGUAUCACAUGAUGAUAGUUACUGUGAAAAGAUGGACUGUGUUAAAAAUUCAGAUGAGAUGUACACAGAACCAGUUGGAAUCAAACAUGUUGAUCACAAUACUUUAGAAAUUAAUUCGAUUGAUUCGGAAACUUCUGAUACUUUCAAAAACACACCUUUAGAAGUAAAAACUGACGUUCUAGAUUUUAAAAAUACCUAUUCAGAAUUGGUAAAGAAAAAUGAUUCAGAAACAAUUGAAAAUAGUGAAAUAACACCAGAAGAACAGCAUGGAAUUGCGAUCAUUUCAGAAGUGGCAACAAGUACGUCUAUAAAACAUGAAAAUAUUCAUUCAGAAUUGAUAUCAUUUAAUCCGGAAGGAGUUCCUUCUUUGUUACCAAAAGAAACUAACACAUGUGCUAUUCAAGAAACUAAUACAUUAUUUGAACAGAAUAAUAAACCUUUAGAAGAUAUUCAAUUUGACAAAAGUACAGAUGUACCAGAUUUUGAGAAAACAAACGAAUCAUGUCAAACUGAAAGUGCAGCUGAAUCUUAUCAAAAUGAAACAGAGGUUGUCGAGCAUACUGAGAGCUUACCUUUGGAAAUUAGUGCAUAUGAUUCUGAAAACAUUAAAUCCACAAAACCGAUAAGAGAUCCUGAAACGAUUCAUGCUGAAAAUAAUCCUUCAGAUACAAGAAAUGAUAAAACUUUGGAACAAGAUGGAAACACCCAAUUGAAUCGCAUGGAUUCAGAAGACGUUAAACACGACAAAAUUGAAGAAAUGGAGACAACAGGAAAAUUUGAAAAUGUUCAAUCUGAUCUGAGGACUGUUCACCCUGUUGGAAGAACCUCUCCAGAACCGAAACCAAACAACAUGGAAACUUUUGUGAAAUGUGAUGAUAAAAGUCUCGGGCUGGAGCAAAAAGACCAAGAUGUUGAAACAACCUCAUCAUAUUUAGAAACUAUUCAUCACGAAGAAAACAAACCCUUGGAAGAAGAUACAAAUGACAAGGAAACUAAAAACAGUGAAAGCGUUUCUCAGAAAAAAAAUAAUCCAGAAAAUAUUGAAAAUUUCAAAAUGUGCCAAUCUAAAGCGACAGAUUCAGAAGAAAACCCCUUAAAACAGCUUGAUGAAAAUUCUGCUGUGAGACAACCAUUUGACCAGCCAACAGAGAUUGCAACAGACCAUGAAAAAAUACCGAAUUCCUUAAAUGUGAAUAGAAAUGAUUUAGAAACUACCGAACAAGAUAGUUGUCCAGAUGUGGAAGAGGCAGUUCAGAAACCUUUCAGAGUGAAAAUAAAUUACUUAGAGCAUAUUGAAUGUAAUGAGAUUUUUGAUUCAGAAUUGAAAGAAGAACUAUCAGAAGGAAUUCAUCAGUUUGAUGCCAUCAACUCAUCAUCAAAGAAAACAAAAGUAGGUAAUGUAAAGAAUUUCAAACAUUUUGGAAUUUCAAAUAAUACAAAAAUUGAUGAUCAGGUUAGAAGCUUAAUAAAUGAACUAGUUAAUAAUGUAAUUAUUGCAGAAAAUUCUGUACAAAUACAAAUAGAAAACAAUAAACAAAAUUUUGUUCGAGACAAAUGCAAUAUUAGUAUUGAUAAUAUAAGUCAAACUAAGGCUAUUUGUGACCGAAAUGCAGGGCUUUCACUAGAAACAACUCAAAAUAUUAAAUAUCAAGGUGAACAGAUAGCAAAAACUAUUUUGGAAUCAGUAUUAAAUAAAGUAAAUGAAAUAGUUAAUACUCCUAAUAAUAAUUCAAAUAAAAAGGAAAAUGAAAAUAAUAAUGAAACAUAUGAAAAACAAAACGAAAUCAUUAUUAAUAAAAGUGUUGCUAAAGUAAAUAUCUCAGAAAUAUUUCAAAAUAAGAAUGUAUCAGAGUUAAAAAUUGGACAGAAUUCAGAAAAAUUGGAAGAACCAAAUGAUCAUCCUAAAGUAUCUGAAUCUAAUAAAAAUGAAAAGGAAAUAAUUUCAAAUGCAGUUUCCCUUCCAUUCUCUGAAAAUCAUCCAGCCAAAAAUCCAUUUGAUGAAAUCAGUAAUGUUUUACCUAAAGAAAAUAACUGUGCAGAUGAUCAUAAAAAAAGUGAAAGUUGUAGCCAUAAAAAUGAUAAUCUUGUAAAGUCAAAUCUGAGCAAAAGGCAACUAGAGUCCGGAAAAGGUUUAUAUACAAAACAUCAAAAAGGUAAAAGAAAAACUAACUUUAAAACAGUCAAGAAGUCAGAUAUAUUGACUAAUAAACAAGACUCUGAAAAUAAUUCGAAAGAAACAGAAUUUCCUAUGCUUCAGGAGUCGGAAUACAAAGUUUUUAAUGUGGGAAAUCUAACAACAGCUUGUCAACAGUAUGUUUCUAUUUUGAUUCAGAAUAAAAAAGAAAAGCAUUUAUGUGACCUGACAGAGUCCCUCAAAAAGCAACUUAAUAUGAAACCAGUUGUAUUAAUUGAAAAAUUAUCCAACACAAAACCAACACAGAAUUACACAUCUAAAACUAAUAUUCAUAAAUCAAAUGCUGACAUUGAAACAUAUGUAGAUAAUAUUGUAUCAAAUCACGACAGUCCUGACAAACCUGAACCCAGUGAAUCAGCAAAAAUGAGCCAAAAUGAAAAGUCAACUACUGAGAAGUUUAAGAUCAGGCGUAGACAGCAAAUGCAGCACAAUAUUCAAGAGUUAAAAUCUGCAACUGAAGUUCGUGUUAAACGAAAUGAAAGAAUUAUGAGACAGUGUAACAAACAAAAUGAUACAGCCAUACCUGACAACAAUCUGUGUAAUCCUGAAAAUACAACAAAUAAAUUUCAUCAGCAUAAAAAUAAGAACAAGAACAUUCCUAAUGAGACAGUAACGAUCAACCAAAAUGUCAGUAAUGUUGAAGAACUCAGCUUAAGUCCUAUGCUUUCAACGAAUCUUAAAUAUGAACUUUUCAAAUACAGAAAUUGUAAUGUAUUUAAUAGACCAUCCUCGCCUGUGAAACCAAUUUCAAUGCUUCCUGUAGAUAAAUAUAUCCAGUUAUUUAAUGAAGUAAAUUUCAAGCCAAACCUAGAAAAAGAAGGUUUACUCAGAGAGCAGACUGUACCCCGCUCAGAAACCGUGUUCAAUGUGUUUAAAAAUGUCCAACAGCCGAAACUAUAUGAACCAAAGAAACAGGGUUACAAGGCGCAUGAUAGAAGUUAUAAACGGAGUAGAAGUCUACCACGAUACACUAGCUGUUCUUGUAAUCUGAGUACAGUUUGGCCGAGAGGUAGAAGCUUCAGUACUGGUAAUAGAAAUCAAUUUUCAGAAAAAAGUGAUUUUGACGAAGAACUCUUUGAGUGUGAUGAUACAAGAACCCAUAUGUCAUCACCCUACAGUACAUUUAAUUUUCAAGAAAACCCAAAUCACAACAUUCAUUCGCUUACUUCAUUCAAUAACAUUCCUAGAAAAAGAGGACGCCCAAGGAAAAUGGAAAGAAAAAAAGAUCAAAACUUCUACAGGUCAACUUUCACUAGGAAAAGAUCCAAAAGUGCAGAACCUGCCGUGUUUAUUCAAAAUAGUUUCAAUAAAGUCGCAUCAAGCAGUAAAUAUAAUUCACACGUUGAAGAGUUGAAAUCACAUCUAGUCCAAAAUAAUAUAAGCAAUAUUGAUGAAAUUUUAAACAACCUACAAUCACUGAUUUCGAAGAAGAACCCAGAACCCAGUGGCAAAUGGCCAGGUGGGGUUUUAAGGCGAGCCCAACUGAAUAGUGACAAUGACAAUAAUUUGAAAGAUACAUCUAACAAGGGUAAAAGGAAAAGGGGACGCCCAAGGAAAGCCAUCAGCUUGAGUGAUAGAAAUAAACUGCAAGGACACAAAAAUAACAAUCCAGACAUUGUUCUUCAAAGGCCCCGUACGAGGUCUGCCUCAAGGUCAUCCUGUAGGGAAUUUUAUCCUCAAAACCCUACCAAUUGUAGUACUUUAUCACUUCCUAGUAUUGAUAGUUUUUCAUCGUGUAGCGAAUUCGAUGAAAACAUAGAUUCUGAAAGACAAGGUGCCAUUAAAAACUCUAGACCGAGAAGGUUUGUUGAUUUAAAUCCGAUUCACAUAACAGAAUCUGUUCCUGCCUUCAGUAAUGAUGAGGGUCAUUAUGCAUCAUCUGAUGAUUCCAGUGAUUCAGAUGUUACUCUGAAAAAUAUGAACAAAUUAAAACAAAACCUCUUUACACGAGGUCGACCUAGGGAAAAGGUUUUUAUCUCUCAGCAAAGGACUUCACCUUUAUCUUGUAAAAAAAAAAGAAUAAAACGCAGUGUGUCACGCAGCUCGUGGCACUUCCUUUCCGAUGAAAGCUUGGUUGAAAGUUCUUCAGAAAGCGAUGACCAAUUAAUAGACAAUUAUAGAGAACAGGAUUUAUACGAAUACCAUACUGAAUUAUCUUCUGAGGACAAAUUUAAAAAUUACAAUGCAUACAAUUGUAGAGAAAACCAAAUAAUUACUACAGAUUUAAGAAAAAGAAUUGAUAAAUCGGUUAACGAUAACUCAAAUUGCAAGUACAUGCCAACUUCUUCAAAGUUUUUUGAUAACUUAUCCUAUGAGGAAAACCCGGAACCUAGUGAAACCAUUGUAAAGAAGAGAGGAAGACCAAGAAAACUGAAGAAAAGAGGGCGACCUAGAAAGCAUAGCGAAGAAAAAACAAGUGACUUCCGGAAUAACAGUGUUGUUCCACCAACCAGUCAUGAUCAAAAGUGCCAUAAGGAACUCUUUCAAUCAGAAGAUGUUAAAACUAAUUAUUCUCAGGGUCGAAGUAGCAGUCAGCAAAAUAGUAUAAUUAGAUCAUCAAAUCAAAGAAGUCAUUCCUCAAACAUUCUUAUUGAUUCUGAUGAAAAUUUCAUACAGGAUAGACAAUAUGACAUACCUUUACCUCAGUACCCUGGCAGCAGUCUUUCAACUGAAUUUGAUGCAUCUUCACUUCACGCAUUGAAUUGCAGUCCACUGUGUCAACAAGAUUUAAACACUCAGUAUCGAAGUAGAACACAAUCGUCUUCUAGUUCAGAAGUGAAUUUGUUCUCUUCUGAGGGGGAACGACCUUCAAAAGAGGAAAUUCCCUACUCGGUUGAAGCAAAUACUCCUCAAAGGAAAUGCAAGAGACCUGGCAGUCGAACAGAUUUGACAGAUGAACAAGGACCUCCAAAAGAGGAAGCUGUACAUUCUAAUGUGGGUCAUCAAACAGCCCCAUUACUUGAAGAUGCAAGAAGUGAAGACAGUCAAAUUUUAUACAAACUAAAACCUACAUCCUCAUUUCAAGAAAAGCAUCACAGUAAUCUAUUUUGGUACCAAAAGAGCUCAGGAAGAACAGAAAAAACAAGAAAGACUGAAGAUUACCAGGAAAUUUCUAGAAAGGCCACAGAGUUGUGGAUUUACAAAGACGAUAACUAUGCUGUUGCCCUCGGUCAAACAAAGAAAAGGAAGUCUUUACACGAAGAAAAUGAAUCACAGAAGAAAAAAGCUAAGAGGUAAACAACAUUAACACAAUUACGUUUUUAAAAGAUCUCCUACCAUAGGUAGAAAAAAUACCAAUACUAGUAUCUUGUAAAAUUUAAUUAAUUAUCUGUAUAACUUGUUUUGUUUUAAAAAAUAUAUAUAUAUAUUGUACAUUUCUGUACACAUAUUUUUCUCUGAUUGUAAAUUAUAUACAUAUUUAAAAAUGCCAAAUCAGUGCAUAGAUUUGUCUGCAUUUUAAUAACUUAUACAUUGUAAAUAUAUUUUUAACUUGUGUAUGUAACACAAAGGAUUUAUCAGCCAUGAUGAUCUUGUGUAAGCUUCUUUUGAAAUUGUACAAACAAACCGUAUUGUAAUGAAAGGCUAUGCCUUUUUUACGGAAUACAUAUUUGUAUCAUAUAUAUAUUAGAAGUAGUCAAGAUAUUUAUAUAUGUUGCUGAUGUAAUUAUUAUUUUAAAAAAAAUGUUUAG